GAACCACACGACCCCAACCGACCCCAACACCACGAGCGAGGUACAGUUUUCGAUGGACUUCUAACCAAUGAUCGAAUCCUUGCCACGUCCAGUAUAACGGUGACUGGCACGUGGAUAGGACCCACGAAGAAAAUCGUUCCUAGUAAUCGCGCUUGACGCGCUUUCGUGCGAUGUUGCAUUAGUAGCACGUGAGUGAGUGUGCGACUGAGUGGGGCAGACAGGAAUACACACGGUAGAAUAAUGGACCGAUAAACUGCUACGCUCACUGGAAGGAUACACAAAAUGGGAUGUGGACCAUCGAAUGCUGCUGUGCCGGUAACGGGCGAAGGGGUCUCAACCAUCUCUAAGCUUGUCUAUCCACGACCAGAAGCGUUUGAAAUUCCCCUCGGCGAUUCAGAGCAUCCGGAUAGUCUUAUUAAAAAGCAUCCACCGCGGCGUCUGAAGCGUCUCGAGGAACAGUCCAGCACGACACCGAGCAUUGAAGAUUUGGAGGAAAAACUAGCGACAGCUGAAACCCGAAGACAGCAGUUUCUAGCGAAUCGGUCCCAAAAAACUACCUUCGAUAAAGGGAGUCUGGAUGCGACGGAAAACGAUGCUAGCACAAUCCCGGAGGAGGGCGAAGAUGACCGAUCAGCAGAUGGCGUGCACACAGUCGAACAAGAUGGCGACGACUCGGGCGUGGAACGAUCCGCACCGCCAGAUGGCAACGGUCGCAGAUCAGCAUCGGAAAUGGAGGACGAUGAGUUCGAUCCUCAUCAUCAGCAACAGCUGCACGAUCAACGACGCCGCGGUUCGGACCUCAGCAUCGGGCACCUGACCAGCAUGCGGAUGAAGAUGAACCAAUAGAAAUCAGUUCGACACUGGUGCAACAAUAACGUACGCCGCGAGGAUAACACGAGUAACGAGCAAAAAACCGUCCCAUUGCACCCG